CAAUCGAGAUUUAUCUAGCGCGAAGCGAUGUUAAGAUCAAUUUCUUGUGUGGUUGGCUGUUUCCAGGGUCAAGUUGAAGCUAGUGAUUAAGUAGCUUGAUAAACGACUACCGGUAUUAAGCACAUGAAAUGUUCAAAACAACAAUCUGCAUAUAAAGUUCAGUGGGUUGAUUACAAAGCGGGGGCGAGAAAGUCUGGAUAAAACUCCUCUAUAUAUUUAGGAGUUGGCAUUUCAAGACAGCCCGCGAGGAAACACUGAUGCGAAAAACGACCAACCUGAGGCCGAUAUACAAAAUGAAAUCAUUCCUGCUUUGGUUAGGAGUUUUUACAUUUUUGCUCACAACGUGUUUAGCGUAUCGGGAGGUAGCAAGGAAGAAAAAACCUUCUUUAAAAGACCGAAUGAAAUUGAAACCAGACCUGGCAGGGGUAGAGAAACACCCUUCUCGAACACAGAAAGUGAAAUAUUACCAGAAAUUUGUUAAGUGUCAAUCUCGAGAUGACUGCAGUCCUAAAGAGUGCUGUGCAGGGGUUUCGUCCACAAUGAAUGGCACCUGUCUACGCCAACCACAGCUAAAAGAGCUGUGCUUUCCACAGAUAACGCCAGGUUCCAUGCAGUGCCCUUGUCGACUAGGUAUGACGUGUUCCACAAGAAACACUCAAGGCCGUAAAAUUAAUGGAAAGCCUUAUGGGCGCUGUGUAUACAUUACCCUGGGACCAGACGAAGUGGACGAGGACAGACUGCUGCCGUGGCUUUCAUGAAUCUCGUAGAACUUAGACGGUUAUAGAAAAAUGAAAUUCAUUGGAUAGAAGUAUCUUUUUGAAGCUGGCUUUUGAAAUAAGUUAAGCACAGCGUUACUUUCUGUUAUUUUUAGAAUUAUAGUAGUCUUACAACAUGAACCGAACAACUACUUCUCCUUGAUUUGUUGUCAUGGGGUUCUUGAGCAUAUUUUAAGUUACAAGAUGUUACUGAGUUUUCAUUACCUUGACUAUAGUUUUUGUUUAAAAAUAAAGAGAGUCUAACGGUUGUA